AUAUAGAAGAACAAAAAAGAUAUCUUUAUAAAUCACUUCCUAAUAAUCAUUUUGAUUAUAUAUCAAAUGAAUUUUAUGAGAAAAUGAAGAAUGUAAAUUCGAUUAAUGAAUUAAUUAAAAGAUUUGAAGAAAUUGUUUUAGAAGAAUCGAAUUUAAUUAGAAAUGGAUCUAUUGUAGCUUUAAAACAUGUUGCUACAGGAAAAUAUUUAAGUUCCAUUAAAAAUUUAUGUUAUACAACUGGAAGUCAGAAACAAUUGGUUUUUGUAGGAAGCUCGGAGCCUAUUCCAAAUUCUUUAUGGAGUAUUGAAUUUAGUGAUGAAUUAGCUAAUUAUACGGAUAAUUCUAUAAAGUUACGACACGUUGAAUCUGAGAAAUUUCUUGGAAUAUAUUUUAACUAUAGACGUGAUUAUUACAAAUCUCCGUUAAAUAAUUAUACAGAAGUGGGCUGUCGUGUAUUAAUAAAUCAGAUGGCCAAGUUGAAUUUUUACGUAGUCAUGAUAUUCAAUUUACUAUUGGGAACGAUACUUUUCAAGAAGUUGUUUGCCAUAAUGAAAGAUUAGGAGGAAAUGAUGAAUGGUGCAUUGAACUUAUUCACGAAGUUAAAAUUUUCUAAGCAACGUUUCCGAUAUAUGUUUUACCUUUAAGUUGUUCUAAAAAGGCAAUUUCCAUCAAAUAUGAAAGUGAUAUUAAUAAAAUUUAAAAUUUUGAAAUUAUAUACUUACAGAUGCGAUUAAUAAUUUCAUUAGCUAACAAAAAUACUGUACGUUAGUAUCAGCAAAUAUAGUUUAAUAUAAUUUAAUAUCGAUUGCAUUUAUGAAAUUAUAGUCAAAUAUAAUAAUUACUUAUAGUACGCGUCAA